AUGACACAUGUGAAGAAGCGGAAAUUCUCAGUCUCAAAUCCGAUAUUCUUUCAUCAAGAGCACCUUCAGCGGACGAUUCCAAGCCGAUACCUGGGCAACACUGAGGCGGCGGCACUAGGGGCCUCUGCCACGCUCUUGCCAGGGCAUUACGUAGAUGUGGCUUUCGACGCAGUUGACGCCUGGACGGCGAGCAGUGCCAUCACUAGUGGCGCGCUGCCACUGGGCGGAUGGCGCCUUUGCGCUAGAGAGGGCGGGCGAUGUAAUUGCGUGGGCACCGUGGCCUUGCACAGCUUGUUGGCCGACUGGACCAUGCUUCGGCAUGUGAACGGUUCGAUACCCUGUGGCGUGGCCUUUUUUGGGGACGAUCCACGGCCAAAUUUGCCCAAACUUUGUAGCUGUUUACACUCUGUGCCAUGGCCUGAGAGCCUGGUGGAAGGUUUGAACGAAACCAUUUCGAGGAGUUUGCUGCCACGGGUGGAGGCAGGACCACCAGAGGCCACAUGCAGUGCAGAGGACGAUGGACGUUGGACUCCAUGCUCCAUACUAUCCAGCCGUCAUGAUGGCAGUCUCGUGCCCGAUAGGUUACUUCCCCGUUUGCCUGUUGAAGAGCAGCGGGAUAUGGCGUUGAGGAAGUUGGACCUGUGCCACCGCCUUGUGGGACCAGAUCAGGCCUUGCGGAUUCUUGGCGUUUGGCCAACCAACAUCCAAAUGGGUGUGGUUCCGAUCAAGGCCUCGUCAGCUCCAUUGUGCGCCGUGGUGUACAGCCCCAUCAGGGGUGCCGUUUGGGAUAGCCGCGCGGCCAUUUUUUGCCCCACCGAGCCGCCAAAGUGCCUGGAGGUGCAACGCAGUCAUGCGAAUUUGCAUCACCCGAUGGUCAAAAGGGGGUGGUACAAAGAUGUCAUCUUCCGCUGUCAGGGUUUCGUUAUGUAUAGUAUUAUAAAUUAUUAUGAUAGUUUCAUGAUGUUUUAUGCAUCUAUCCUGCCUGGAUGA